CCUGGGAGCAGAGCCCGACCCCCCCGGCUGCCCCCUCCUGUCAGGGACUUGUGCAGAGCCACAAGGUUCCUGGUGCACCAGCCUGGGCGGCAGUGAAUGUUAUGUAAAUUUUUGUGAAUAUUUGACAAAUACAUAUUUGUGUAAAUUUAUAUAUAAUAUGCUUUAUCUUGAAUACUAUCACUAGCUCUUUUCUUCGUAUUUCAGUCUAACUGUGUGUAUUGGAUUCUCUGCAAAGCUGAUAGCACUGCCCAGAUUCACGAUAUGAAGCUGUUUUCAAGAGCUGGAGCCACUCCUAAGACCCGUCUUCGCCUGUGUUGUGUGUUAGCUAACAUUUUCCUAGUCAGUUUUGACAAUGAGUCAAGGGGAAUGCUCAGUCUCUGCCAGUGUUAAAUCCUGUGCUCAUCUUUCCUCUGUCAGGAACCCUGUUUAGAGAGGAAAAGACCUGAAAUUUAACAAGAGUGCAUUCACAUGUUGGGUGUCCGUUUUUCUGUUCCCCUGAAGAAAAGACGCCACGUGGUUGCUUGGCCAAAUGUAUCCUCAAAGAUAAAUUUUCACAUGCUUGUAGGUUUGCAAAGAGUUUAGUGACCAGAAACCCCCCAAAAUUGCCUCUUGUGUCACAGCAGUUCCUGUCUGAAGCGAUGUGCACAUGGUCGAGGCGGAUGUUCUCCUGCGGGGAGGGAGAGGGGACCCCAUCCUGGCUCACCCCCCGGACACUGACAGUGACAUCACCCUGCAGGAGUGGCUGGCAGAGAUGGUCAGCACCAAUAAAGGCAUCAAGCUGGAUUUUAAGAGCCUGGGCGCCGUGGGACCGUCGCUGGAGCUGCUGUCGCGGCUGCGGCGGGCGCUGGAGCGGCCCGUGUGGCUGAACGGGGACGUGCUGCCCGGGCCCCGCGGGGGCCGCCCGCCGCUGGACGCCCGCGCCUUCCUGGCCGCUGUCGCCUCGUCGUGCCCCGCCGCCACCCUGUCCCUGGGCUGGACCACGGGCUGCCACCGAGGGCAAGGCUACGCGUGGCCCAUGGUGCAGGAGAUGUCCCGGCUGUGCCAGCCGCUGUCCCAGCCCGUGACGUUCGCGGUCAGGGCCGCGCUGGUGCCCAGCUCCGUCCCGCAGCUCCAGUGGCUGAUGCAGCAGUCCCACAGAUACAGCCUCACUGUUUGGACAGGAAAGGAAGACAUGUAUUCUGUAGAAGACUUGCUUUUCAUCCGAGAAAACUUUGAUAAAAGUAGGGUUUAUUACGACAUUUUUGAGCCACAAAAUUCUGAAUUCAAAAAAGCCAUUGGAAUAGAAUGGUAAAUGCAAAGCAGGCAGUGCCUGACCUUAUAAUGCUUUCUAUUGUAAACCCCUUUAAAUGUGAGGAUUUCUUGUUCAGAGAAAUGCAUUUUCCUUGCCAGAAGGACUAUAUUGAGCACACCUGUGGUUAUUGGAGGAGUUUUUGUUCGGCACUGCAUAGAGAGGCUUCUCAAAUAGAAAUGUAGUGCCUUCCCCAUUGUUCCCUGCUCGCUGCAUGGGAUCUGUGGUGCCACACACUCAGGAGGGGACAAUGGCUGUUUGUACUGCGCUGGCACUGCUCAGCUGCUCUGCCCCGCGGUCCCUGGCCCAUGGUCACCGUGUCUGUGGUCACUGUGUCCGUGGUCCCGGGCCCGUGGUCUCUGUGCCCGGGCAGUGUCGGAGCCAGGCCACGGCCUCGGGCUGGGGAGCAGCCCCGGAUGGUGCCGAGGGCUGGGGCCUGUGUGGCAGCAGAGCUGGUGGCCGCAGUGGCAGUGCUGGUCCCCGGGGCGGUUCCAAGGCUGGCAGGGGUCAUUGCCUGUGGCUCUGAGGGCGUGGGUGCCCGCGGGGCCGCUGCGGCACACGGGGCUCCCUCAGUGACCACGGCUCUGCUCUGCUCCGUUGGGGCCUGUGCGUCCCUGCAGCUCUCAGAAUUUUCUCAGAAAUUUCCAAAAGUGGAAAUUUCCCCUGACAAAAGCUAGAACCCUGCUAACCACCUGCAGGAAGAGCCUGACCUGGUUAAUUUAAACCAUUUAUUGCCUCUUUGGCUGCUGCAGUUCCCCAGAAUUCACACAGACUGAGACACCGUCUCUGUGGGAUUGGCUUCUGCCAAACACCACAAACGAUACUGGAAAAACCAAAGGUUCAGAGAAGACACUUUAGCUUCUGAAUAAAAGCUGAUGCUCUGAGAAGCAUUACUCUGUCAACGUCUUGUACUCCUUUUCCCAUUCCUCUCACAUGGUUCCUGUGAAAAUUUUGUUACCUCAGAUGUUGUACAGAACAUUUUACAGGCUGUUAGUACUACAGUAAAUUGGAGAAAUGUUUGGUUCUUACGUGGCAUUGCUACAGCUGUGAUAGAAAAGGUAGUUAUGUUUCUUAAUCCUAAAUCUUGAAAUAUGGUGAUUUCACAUUGAAAUUCAAGACUCCUUGUUGUUACCUACAACCCCUUAUAGAGAUUUAUCCAAUAAUUGUUUUAUGUUUUUGAGGGGUAGAGCUUUUCUCAUUUUGGUCAUCUGCUAAGAUGUGCUUGGCUACAAUUAGGAAAUAUUUUUCCACAUUAGGAAGGAAACUACCUGAUUAUACUUGGGAUAGCUAAACAGAGUAUUUGAUUUAAUUUGCAGCAGCGGGCCAAGCGAGUGGCAGUACCACGAAAGGGUCACGUUUGGCUCUGUUAUUUCUGUACUGAGUUUGGAGAAAUUAUGUAUUUUUUAUUUAUGGUUUGUUGCAGGCAGUUGCAUUCAUUGAUUUACAGGAUUUCAUCUCUCAGUGGUAAGGCCUUUUUGGGACCACAUUUUUCUGUUAUUUAGAAAUCUUCCCACUGUCCAGUUCCCGCCUGAAGUACUGGAAUUUGUUAAAAAUCAUUAAACUAUUAAGUAAAAAAACAUCAGCAAUUGCCAGAAAUGUUUUUAAGGAAGAAGUAUAUCUGAGCAAUAUCUGUGCCUGUCAGUAAACAGGGAUAAUCAGCUAAAAUUAAAAGAAGACAUCAUCUGGAUUACCAGGAUGUGCCUGUGGUGAAUUUGAUUAUUCUGUAUGGAUUAACCUAUAUGUAUAUGAAUUCUCUAUGUAAUUUUUACCUAUGGGUCUUUGCUAGUCCCCUGUGAAGUUGUUUAUGUCAGUCUAGUCUGACUUGCACAUCAAUAAAUUAAUUUGAUUUUGUU